UCCAGCCGCUGCCGCUUCAGCCUCUACACAGCGACGGCGGCUGCCGCGGCGGCUGAGUCGGUGGCGGCGGCAGUGGCGGCGGCUGCGGGCUGAGCGGCGAGUUUCCGAUUUAAAGCUGAGCUGCGAGGAAAAUGGCGGCGGGCGGAUGAGGCCCUCGGCGGGAUAGACUUGUCUGUCAGUAUCCAAGCAUUCACUGGAAACAACCAACAUCUUUCAUCAUAUUACAAAUUAUUCUCAGAAUUGCAACCUCUUGGAAUUAAAUCUUUGUCCUUAACCUGCCUAACUCAGCCAAAGGUUCGGGGCUUGUUAAACUGGGCUGCCAACUGCAGUUUUUAGUUUUCCCCUUCGCCUCAAGGAUCAAAAUACUUGCUGAACAGUGGAGUCACAGACCAAUAAAAAAUAAACUCCUACUUGAACGUCAUUUGACUGGUUAGCCAGUUGCUGAUGUACAGUCACAAUGAGCGGAAUAGGAGAAAACUCCUUGGAUCCACUGGCCCCUGAUUCACGAAAACGCAAAUUGCCGUGUGAUACUGCAGGACAGGGCCUUACCUGCAGUGGUGAAAAGUGGAGACGGGAGCAGGAGAGCAAAUAUAUUGAAGAACUGGCUGAACUGAUAUCUGCCAAUCUUAGUGAUAUUGACAAUUUCAAUGUCAAACCGGAUAAAUGUGCAAUUUUAAAGGAAACAGUAAGACAGAUCCGUCAAAUAAAAGAGCAAGGAAAAGCCAUUUCCAACGAUGAUGAUGUUCAGAAAGCUGAUGUAUCCUCUACGGGGCAGGGGGUUAUUGAUAAAGAUUCCUUAGGACCACUCUUACUUCAGGCAUUGGAUGGUUUCCUGUUUGUGGUGAAUCGUGAUGGAAACAUUGUAUUUGUGUCAGAAAAUGUCACACAGUAUCUGCAGUACAAGCAGGAGGACCUGGUUAACACGAGUGUCUACAGUAUCUUGCACGAAGAAGACAGAAAAGAUUUCCUUAAAAACUUACCCAAAUCGACAGUCAAUGGAGUUGCCUGGACAAAUGAGACCCAGAGACAAAAAAGCCAUACUUUUAAUUGCCGUAUGCUGAUGAAAACAGCACAUGAUCUCCUGGAAGACCUAAACACUAACCCUGAAACGCGCCAGAGAUACGAAACGAUGCAGUGCUUUGCCCUGUCUCAGCCGCGAGCUAUGAUGGAGGAGGGGGAAGAUUUGCAAUCCUGUAUGAUCUGUGUAGCACGUCGCAUCACUACCGGGGAGAGAGCGUUUCCCUCAAGCCCCGAGAGCUUUGUCACUAGACACGAUCUCUCAGGAAAAGUUGUCAAUAUAGAUACAAAUUCACUGAGAUCCUCCAUGAGGCCCGGCUUUGAAGAUAUUAUCCGAAGGUGUAUCCAGAGAUUUUUUAGUCUUAAUGAUGGUCAGUCAUGGUCCCAGAAACGUCACUAUCAAGAAGCUUACAUCCAUGGCCACGCAGAAACUCCAGUGUAUAGAUUCUCUUUGGCUGAUGGAACCAUAGUGACGGCACAAACCAAAAGCAAGCUCUUCCGAAAUCCUGUCACGAAUGAUCGGCAUGGCUUUGUCUCAACCCACUUUCUCCAGAGGGAACAGAAUGGGUAUAGACCAAACACGAACCCUGUCGGACAAGGCGUUCGACCCCCGGCAGCUGGAUGCAGCGGUUCGGUAGGCGGCAUGAGCAUGUCGCCAAACCAAGGCUUACAGAUGCUGAGCAGCAGGCCCUAUGGCUUGGCCGACCCCAGCUCCACAGGGCAGAUGAGCGGGCCUCGGUACGGGGCGCCCGGCACCAUUGCCUCGGUGAACCCUGGGCCGGGCAUGCAGUCGCCGUCUUCCUACCAGAACAGCAGCUAUGGCCUCAGCAUGAGUAGCCCCCCGCACGGGAGCCCUGGCCUCGGCUCCACGCAGCAGAACAUCAUGAUCUCUCCUCGUAAUCGCGGGAGUCCGAAGAUGGCCCCACAUCAGUUUUCUCCUGUUGCAGGUGUGCACUCGCCCAUGGGAUCUUCCGGUAAUACUGGGAGCCACAGCUUUUCUAGUAGCUCUCUGAGUGCUCUUCAAGCUAUCAGUGAGGGGGUAGGGACUUCUCUUCUCUCCACUCUGUCUUCACCAGGCCCCAAAUUGGAUAACUCUCCCAAUAUGAAUAUAAGCCAGCCGAGUAAAGUGAACAGUCAGGAUUCCAAGAGUCCCCUGGGCUUGUAUUGUGACCAGAAUCCAGUGGAAAGUUCAAUGUGUCCGUCAAAUAGCAGGGAUCACCUCAGUGACAAAGAAAGUAAGGAGAGCAGUAUCGAAGGGUCAGAGAAUCAGAGGGGUCCUCUGGAAAGCAAAGGUCAUAAAAAAUUACUGCAGCUACUGACCUGUUCGUCUGAUGACCGGGGCCAUUCCUCCUUGACCAACUCCCCCCUGGAUUCAAGCUGCAAAGACUCUUCCAUUAGCGUCACCAGCCCCUCGGGGGUCUCCUCUUCGACCUCUGGAGGAGUGUCCUCCACAUCCAAUAUGCACGGGUCGCUGCUGCAGGAGAAACACCGGAUCCUGCACAAGUUGCUACAGAACGGGAACUCACCCGCAGAGGUAGCCAAGAUCACCGCAGAGGCCACGGGGAAGGACACCAGUAGCACAGCGUCGUGUGUGGAAGGGAAUGUCAAGCAGGAGCAACUGAGUCCUAAGAAGAAGGAAAACAACGCACUUCUUAGAUACCUGCUGGACAGGGACGACCCUAGUGAGACGCUCUCUAGGGAACUGCAGCCCAAAGUGGAAGGCGUGGACAGUAAAGGGGGUCAGUGCAGCAGCUCCACCAUUCCUAGCUCGAGUCAAGAGAAAGACUCUAAGAUUAAGACCGAAACAAACGAAGAGGGAUCUGGAGAUUUGGAUAAUCUAGAUGCUAUUCUUGGUGAUCUGACAAGUUCUGACUUUUACAGUAAUUCCAUAUCCACAAAUGGUAGUAAUCUUGGAACCAAGCAGCAGAUGUUUCAAGGAACUAAUUCUCUGGCAGGUUUGAGGAGCCCACAGUCUGUGCAGUCUGUCCGUCCUCCGUACAACCGAGCGGUGUCUCUCGAUAGCCCUGUGUCUGUGGGCUCAAGUCCUCCGGUAAAGAAUAUCAGUGCUUUUCCCAUGUUACCAAAGCAGCCCAUGCUGGGCGGGAAUCUAAGAAUGAUGGACAGUCAGGAAAAUUAUGGCUCAGCUAUGGGUGGACCAAACAGAAAUGUGACCGUGAAUCAGACUGCCCCCUCAGGAGACUGGGGCUUACCCAACUCAAAGACCAGUAGAAUGGAACCACUGAGCUCCACCUCCCUGGGGAGACCGGGAGCGGAUUACAGCGCUGCUCUACCCAGACCUGCCAUGGGUGGCUCGAUGCCCACGUUACCUCUUCGGUCCAACAGCGUCCCAGGUGCGAGACCGGUGUCGCAGCAGCAGCAGCAGCAGCAGCAGCAGCAGCAGCAGCACAUGCUUCAAAUGCGGCCUGGUGAAAUUCCCAUGGGAAUGGGGGUCAGUCCGUAUGGCCAGGCAGCACCGUCUAACCAACCAGGUUCCUGGCCGGAUGGCAUGUUGUCCAUGGAACAAGGCCCUCAUGGGACCCAAAAUAGGCCGCUGCUUCGGAACUCCCUGGAUGACCUCCUCGGGCCCCCCUCUAACCUGGAGGGGCAGAGUGACGAGCGGGCGUUGCUCGACCAGCUGCACACUCUCUUGAGCAACACGGAUGCCACAGGCCUGGAAGAAAUUGACAGAGCCCUGGGCAUCCCUGAGCUUGUGAAUCAGGGACAAGCUUUGGAGUCCAAACAGGAUGGCUUCCAAGAAGCGGCAGUGAUGAUGGACCAGAAGGCGGCAUCCUAUGGGCAGACGUACGCGGCACAGGGGCCUCCGAUGCAAGGAGGCUUUAAUCUUCAGGCACAGUCACCAUCUUUUACCUCGAUGAUGAGUCAGAUGAGCCAACAAGGCAGUUUUCCUCUGCAAGGAAUGCACCCGCGGGCCAGCAUCAUGAGGCCUCGGACCAGCACCCCCAAGCAGCUCCGAAUGCAGCUUCAGCAGAGGCUGCAGGGCCAGCAGUUUUUGAACCAGAGCCGCCAGGCGUUGGAAAUGAAACUGGAAAACCCCACUGCUGGGGGCGCAGCUGUGAUGAGGCCCAUGGUGCAGCCCCAGGUGAAUCCCCAGCAGGGUUUUCUCAAUGCCCAGAUGGUCGCCCAGCGCAGCAGGGAGCUGCUCACACAUCACUUCCGGCAGCAGCGGGUGGCCAUGAUGAUGCAGCAGCAGCACCAGCAGCAGCAGCAACAGCAGCACCACCAAGCCCAGGCCUUCAGCCCACCCCCCAACGUGACUGCCUCCCCCAGCAUGGAUGGGGUGUUGGCAGGGCCUGUGAUGCCACCAGCCCCGCCCCAGCAGUUUCCAUAUCCACCGAAUUAUGGGAUGGGACAACAACCAGAUCCAGCUUUUGGGCGAGUGUCUAGUCCUCCCAACGCAAUGAUGCCCUCCCGAAUGGGGCCCUCCCAGAACCCCAUGAUGCAGCACCCUCAGCCCGCGCCCAUGUACCAGUCCUCGGAGCUAAAAGGCUGGCCGUCAGGAAGCCUGGCCAGGAACAGCUCCUUUCCCCAGCAGCCGUUUGCCCACCAGGGGAGCCCCGCGGCGUACGGGAUGGUGCACAUGAAUGGCAGCGCCGGCCCCAUGGGGCAGGUGGACGUGAACCCCAUGCCCAUGUCCGGCAUGCCCAUGGGUCCUGAUCAGAAAUACUGCUGACGCUUCUACGCCGCCAAGGAAGCCACUGUAGAAAUGGCGCUGCGCCGGGAUUCUCGGGAGUAAAGAAUCCCUGUCCCCGCACCCAGCUCUGAAGAGGGAAGCAGCUUUGGGCUCUGUGAAGGGUGUUCCAGAUGACGGCCUCGGAGCAGGACUGGGUUUGAAAUUGCAAUGCGAUGUCUACCUGUAUGUUCCUCCUUCUGUGUAUCAUGGAAUUCAAAACAAAUAGUUUUUUGACAUUCUGCCUCUUAGGGAUGUGAUUCUGACCACAAAACUCUCCUGUGUCACUUCUUUCUGCCCGGAUGUCGUGGUGUUUCAGAUAAAUGUGGGCAGGCCAGAGCGCCCUGGCGAGGUCCUGAGAGGUUAAGCUGCCUGGUCUGUCCCGGGGCGGUGCCAGGGGAAGAGCAUGGUCCCCGCCCUCACUUGUCCCCGUCACUGCCAGUUCAUCCCCUGUUCUCACCCUCUGUCCCGAGAAGGUGGCAUUUCUGAAUUCUUGUCCUUUAACAGCUGUGUUGAGUUUUGCUCCGAUCCUGUUCCUGGUUGGCCUGGACUCUUUUCUGUAUAGGAGUCCCCUCCAUCCCUGACGUCCCCGUAAUACUUCGCCUCUAGGAAUUGUCCUUGAUGUCAAGUGGCUUUGCAGAGGGGAAAGGAGGUGACAGUAUUUACCUGCAGUGGUAGCAGUUGUUCACGUGCUCACGUGCAGCCGAGUGCACUUUAUUUAAGAAGUGAUGGACAAAUGCAAUACUCCGGAGGUCUUGAGGAAUGGCGACCCACACUCCCUCCCGGUUUUUGUCCGAGCGAAUCAGUUGGACGAGAGCGAUGGUGGUUUUGGUGUCGUCGAGCGUCCUGUGUCACCCUUUGCCUAUACGGUAGAGCAAUAAUGCUUUCUGAAGAUAAGCUGCAGAACCCCAAGGCCAGGUACUGCGUUCUGAAUCAGAAUUCUGCAGUGUUUCUGUGAAUAGAAUUUCUUUUGUAAAUAUGACUUUAAGAUACUGUAUUAUGUAAAAUAUGUAUAUACCUUUUUUGCAGGUCACACCAACUCAUUUUUACAGAGUUUGUGAAGCUAAAUAUUUAACAUUGUAGACUUCAGUAAGCUCAGUGUGGUGAGGCUGCAAACAGCAGAGACUGCCCCUGAAUUUUUUUUGGCUUGGGGGAGGGGGGCAGUGGUCUGCAGCCCCCCAGCCCCCACCGUGUUAGAUGGUUCCCUUUCAGUCUGAAUCUUAAAUCCUUUUUAAGGAGAUCGUUUGCUCAGAUGUAGGCAUUUUAAAUUUGUCUUUUAAAUUCCUCUGCCAGAACUAAGCACUUUGUUAAUUUUAGAGGAAAGAAUAGAUACGGGGAAAUAAACUUAAAAAAAAAAAUCAAGAAUUUUAAAAGAUCACGCGAUUUAACAAAGAAUCUUGGAUUUUAAGCAGUCCAUAAAUUAGUAGCAAUUCAUAGCAUUUUGUUUUUUAGUUGGAAUAUGUUGUGCUCGCUUUGGCAGCACAUAUACUAAUUGAAUAUGUUGCCCUAAGGUUUUGGCUGCUCGGAUCCAAAUCCCACGUUGAGAUCUCAGGGGUAGAACCCUUGAAGUGGUGGCUUCCGGUGUCUGCUCGGCUGUCUUGUCACUGUGAUGUGUCAUCAUCCCCGGGAACUAGGGUGGCGUCACGGCGGUUUCGGGGGGGGGGGGGGGCCUCAGCCCUCAGGGCCGCCGGGUGUGCGAGCCUCAGGGCCAGGCGGGCGGAGUGUGCCCCUGCCCCUUCGCGCCGUUGCCGGGCGCAGACACUUGUUUUAGUCCAUUGGGGACAGAGAAAAAAGUCCAUUUAAUUCCUUUUGUCUGGUUUAUUAGCUUCAAAUAAAUAGUUGAGUGAAAUUGGGUUCUAAAAAUGUCUGAGUUCCCAAAGUCUCUGCUAGCUUUGGGGUCAAUUUCCUAGCAAUAACCGAGAGCCAGUUAAUUUUUCUUGUAUAUCGUACAUGCUGAGGCAGUUUUUCUAGGUGUCUCUGAAGGUAAGAUCAUUUCUUUGAUUUCUGGGUAAGUGAAACCUGUUUCCAGAACCACCAGUGGAAAUGAUUUGGGUCUGACCCCCCUCCCCCACCGCCCAGUUAAAAAUAAGCCUAAGAUUGUGCGUCUGUCGGCUUCCGUCAUAGUGGCCUGCACUUCUCAGACUCCACAUCCUUCUGUGUGGAGCCGGCGCCAGGUGGCCCGGAACCUUCCGCGUGUGGCCACGCGUGCGGGGGGCAGGCAGAGUGGUGCUCUCACCUUUCUUGACUUUCAAAAAGUAAAUACAAAACCACCAUACAGAGUUCUUUGAUUCUUUUCCUCAGUCUCAGCUCUGGGCUACCUGGAAGAUGGCGUCCCCUUUUUAUAUGGAAAAAAGUUUAUUAUAAGCUUUUAUAUUUUCUACUUGUUCAUUUUAUUGGUGCAAACUUAAGAAUUUGAUCUUUCUUUUUAAUAGACGCCGUCUUUUGAAAUCAUUUGUUUUUAUCUUUAUUGCCCUUUUAUCUUUUUUGGGUAAUUCUCUUUGUACUCUGGCUGCCUACCUCUCCUCACCCCCACCCUCCACUUUUUAAAACCUCGGUAUCCGUUUCAUCUGCUUUUAGAACGUGUGAUAUUUCCAGUACCUACUUUUUUGCUGAAUCCAAAGAUAUAUAAAUAUAAAUAUAUAUAUAUAUUUUAUAAAGAUCAAAAUGAUAUAAAGGAGAUAAGUUUCUUCCUUUAAGAAAACAAAGAGGAAGUCAUUGUUAAUGUUCAUAUUAUGAUGCCACUUUUCUAAAUUGUGCAUCUUGAUGGAAAGGUGUAAAUAUCAAUCACCAGGACUGCUUAGUUAUUUAGUAUUUAAUAUCUAGGUGAGUUGGGGGUGGGGGGGGAUACGAACAGAUGGGCUUGCAUCUGGCACGGCCCGCCCGGCGUCCGUGUGCCUGUCCGGUUCUGGGAAUCUGAGUCACAAGUGGGGGCGCCACAGGCGUGAGGCCCGGAGGACAGAUGGAACCUCUGCUUCAGGAGGGACGAGAGUUGUUCAGCUCCGGGGCCAACUGUUUAACAAUAACGAGCAAGGUGGUGUUUUUUUCUUCUUUCUCUUGCCAGUGUGUGGAAUUUCGAUGAUGGGAAUGUCUUUCUGAGAGCAAUAUUUAUAAUUCUCAGGAAUUGACGUAUAGUAUUGAUGAAUUCAGUUUCAAUCAAGUUUACAUUAAAUGUUCGUUUAAAAAGUCUAAAUCAUUCUUGACACUGCAAAGAAUACAGGCCACAGGGGGUACUUAUGAGAUGGACGGCUUUGCCAAUCAUUUUGAUGUCACUGUAAAUAAAGGUUUCUAUUGAAAACCAAAGCC